UUGGCGGAAUGCGGGAGCUCCGAUCGAUCAGGUGAGUCGUGGCUAGGGAUUUCGCGCGGCGGCGGCUGGGAAUCUCGCGCCGCUCGCCGUGAUGGAUCACCAGUUCUCGCUGAUCCGAACAGAUCUGAGCUCCAACGAUGGAAUGCGGCAGGCGCAGGCCCUCCUCCAGGCAUUGCAGCUCGCGGCUUCGGGCACGGACAUCUCCUCGCUCUCCAGGGCCGCCUGCGAGGAGAUUAUCGCCAGCCCCGCCAGCGCCGUGUGCAAGAAACUGGCCUUCGAUCUGGUGCGCACCACGCGCCUCACGGCUGAUCAGUGGGAGACGGUGUGUAGCGGCAUCAAGAGCGACUUUGAUUUCCCGGAUCCGGACGUGACAGCCGCCGCGGUCUCCUUCCUCGCCGCGAUCCCGACCUGGCGGCUCGGGAAGUUCAUCACGGACUCGAGCAAGGAGAUCUCCAACUGCAUUGGCAGUGACAGUGAGAAUUUGAGGCACGCCAGCAUUGAAACUCUGGGAUGCUUGCUGGCCAGGGAUGAUAUCGUCACGCUCUGCGAGUCGAGUGGACCGGUGCUGGAUCGAGUGUCGACUUGGUGGAGCCAGAUUGGUCUCAAGAUGCUGGAUCCAUCGGACGUGGUGUGCCGCUAUGCUUUCGAAGGGAUUGGGAGGCUCUUCUCGGAGUUUUCGAGCAAGAGGAUGAGCACUCUGGCUGGUGAUACCAUCGUCGCGACCGAGGCCUCGGUGGCGAUUCGUGCGCACUGGGUGGCGUCGAUGUGUACGUUCGUGUGGGAGAAGCGAGACUUGCUCAUGGCUCGCUCGCGGGUUCUUCCGUUUGAGAGCUUCCGCGCCACCAUCUUUCCGCUCGUGUAUGCGAUCAAGGCGGUGGCCACCGGGAUGGUGGAAGAGAUGCAGGCGCUGUUUGGAAACGAUGGGAGGUUCUCCAGCUACAGGGAUGACAACAAGCAGUUUGUGAAUGCCGAGAGGAUCCUGGGAGUUUCGGACGUGGUGUCUCACUUGGUGCCGUUCCUGUCGUCCUUGGAUCCGUCGCUCGUCUACGACGUUGGCAUCAAUCUCCUCUCGCUGGCGGAUGUUCCCGGUGGGAAGCCGGAGUGGGCUUCGGCUUCCAUCAUGUCGCUGCUCACGCUCUGGGACCGUCAGGAUUUCAAUGCCGGUAGGGAGAGCAUCGUGAGAGCAGUGGUGGAGAACCUCCAGCUUUUGGAUCUUCACAUGCAAGUCUCCUUGUUCAAGCGGCUGCUGGUGAUGGUCAGGAAUCUGCGAGCCGAGGCCGAUCGAAUGCACGCCUUGGCUUGCAUCUGCCGGACAGCUCUCUCUGUGGACCUUUUCGCGAAAGAGAGCGCCCGGAGGGGCCAGAAGCUGCCUCAAGGCACGGACAUCGCGUCGCUGUUUGAAGAUCCCAAGAUCAAGGAAGAGCUUACGAGCAGCAGCGGCUCCAGCUUGUUCAGAGAGGAGCUGGUCGCGUGCCUGGUGGAGAGCUGCUUCCAGCUCUCACUGCCGUUUCUAAAGGACAAGACAGCACGCUCGGAAAGCCGGGUGCUUGGAGCUCUAGCUUACGGCACCGCUCACGAGAUGCACAGUUGGACUCAGUCGGCGCUGGAAGUUGUCGAAGUCUGCCGUCCUUGCGUGAGAUGGGACUGUGACGGCCGGACGUAUGCCAUGGAUUGCUACUUGAAGUUGCUGGUCAGGCUGUGCCAUGUCUAUGAUACCAGAGGUGGAGUGAAGAAGGUCAAGGAUGGAGCGUCUCCAGAGCAAGUGCUAAACGAAACGAGGCUCCAGACUUUGCAACGACAACUAGCAAAAGAUCUACCAGAGGUGGCGACUCCAAGGAUACGAGCACGUCUGAUAUGGGCGUUAGCGGAGCAUUUUGACUUGGAUGGGCUGGAUCCGCUUUUGGCUGAUGAUCCUGAAGAUCCUCUCAACAUACUUAUUUCCAGCAUGCACAAGGUUCUUUUCAACGUCGAUAGCCCGCUCAGUGCAGCUGCAAAUCGCCCUCAGGACGUCCAAGCUAUGCUCUUAUGCGCUCAACAUCUGGGUUCUCGCUAUCCAAGAGCGUCGCAGGGUCUUGCGAAAGAGCUAGAAGACUUCAGGAGCAGCACUCUUGCUGAUUCAGUGAACAAGCAUCAAUGCCGCCUUGUCUUACAGAUCCUCAAGUACAUCUCCAAGCACCCGGAAUCAAGGUGGGUAGGAACUGCUGCUGCGACUGGCGACUACCCCUUUAGCCAUCACAAGCUGUCGGUGCAAUACUUUGAAGCGUCAGCUGCACAAGACAGGAAGCUGGAAUACUUAGUUCACAAGGCUGUCCAGGAGCUUUGGAAACCUGCCGUGAGUGAACUGACGCUGCUAGCCAGCAAGGAAACAAGCCCGUCGGUUUUGAGGCCGCCUCCAGCCGCGCAAACACUCUCUGGCAGCAGCGAUCCGUGUUAUGUCGAAGCCUACCACUUGAGCGAUCCGCACGAGAAACGCUUAACAUUACACUUGAAGGUGAUUAAUAUGACCGAGCUGGAGCUUAACCGGGUUGACGUUCGCGUCGGACUCGUAGGAGCCUUGAGAUUCAUGGAUGGUAGCUUGCAGGCUGUUCGACAACUGCUAAACUUGUCCUCCCAGGAUCCCAUUCAAUCCAGCGUCACAGUCUCCGUCUCAAGAUUUGAGCGGUGCUCCCUGUGCGUGCAGCUGCUGUAUUAUCCGUAUGCUGGAAGUGCGGGAUCGGGCCACGAUGAAAUUGACUUUGGAGAAGAUGACACUUCCUCGGGGCCCCGACUUCGAAAGACUCUCAAACCGGACUAUGGAGAGCCGAUUAUUCUGAGAUGCAAACCUUACAAGAUACCUCUGGUGGAGCUUUUACUUCCGCACAAGUGCUCACCUGUGGAGUUCUUCCGGCUAUGGCCCAGCCUUCCUGCAAUUUUCGAGUUCACUGGAGCGUACAAAUACGAAGGUGGUGUUCCGAAAACAGUGAACGGCGGAGCCGCUUGGAAGUCACCAUUUCUGGCGGGAUUAAAGGCCUUGUCGUCAAAGCCUUUCCAUCGAGUUGCUUCCCACAUACUUCGUACAAUGGCUGGAUUUCAGCUUUGUUAUGCCGCUCAAACGUGGUACGGGGAUUUCGUAGGAAUGCUGGUCUUUGGCGCGAGCGAAGUGAGCGCAAAUGUUGAUCUUGGCGACGACUCGCACACUAUGGUCUGCAAGUUCAUCCUGAGAGCUUCUACAGCCUCGGUACUGGAUGAUAUUGCGGAGGAUCUACAGCAGUGGCUGGACGACAUAACAGAUGGGGAGCUGAAAGUGGUCUCUGAGGAAACUCUCCAAGAAUCGGAAGCUCAAAAGCUGAAGAGGUCGAUUGAGUUGUCAAUGCUUCCCAAAGUGACGCUGGCGCCGCCGCCUGUGAAGAGCGACGAUGACAGUCUGCUUCCAGGGAUACAGCCCGCAGAGCCGUCCACUCUCACCACCUUUUCUCCCGAGGAAAUCGAGCACAAGGCUCUGCAGUCCGCCGUCCUACAAGAAUGGAACCUGUUUCAUUUGGAGCAGACUGUGGGUGCUUAAUCCAAGAGCUACAAUUUUUUUUUUAAUCUUAAGACAUUGAAACAUCAAAAAACAUGCCUCAUGUGAUUCCUCCUCUUGCAAAGUGCUCCAAAUUGCUGUUAAA